CUUUGUCUCUAAUAAAAAGAGAAGGGUUUGGUAGAAAGAAGUAGGGUUUGAGUUGCAUAGCAUAGGAGAGAGAUGGGAAGAGAAAGAGAGGCAACGAAGGUAGCAUACACAGUGGAGCAGCUUGUGGCCUUCAAUCGAUACAAUCCUGAUAUUCUUCCAGAUCUCGAAAACUAUGUCAACGAUCAGGUUUCAUCUCAAACAUAUAGCUUGGACGCCAAUCUCUGCCUUCUUCGCCUUUACCAGUUUGAACCGGAAAAAAUGAGUUCCCAGAUUGUGGCCCGCAUAUUGGUUAAGGCGCUUAUGGCAAUGCCGGCCCCAGAUUUCAGCCUAUGUCUCUUUUUAAUUCCAGAACGUGUGCAAAUGGAGGAGCAGUUCAAGACUUUGAUUGUUCUGUCUCAUUAUUUGGAGACAGGAAGAUUUCGUCAGUUCUGGGAUGAAGCAGCUAAAAGUCGCCAUAUAGUUGAAGCUGUGCCAGGGUUUGAGCAGGCAAUUCAAGGAUAUGCAGUCCAUGUCCUUUCCCUGACUUACCAAAAGAUUCCUAGAACUGUUCUUGCUGAGGCUAUUAACAUCGAAGGUUUAUCCUUGGACAAAUUUCUUGAGCACCAAGUAGCCAACAGUGGUUGGGUUAUUGAGAAAAGCCAAGGCAGGGGUCAAGUCAUUGUCCUUCCGAGAAAUGAAUUUAAUGACCCAGCUUUGAAGAAAAAUGCUGCAGACAGUGUACCAUUGGAGCACAUUACCCGCAUCUUCCCCAUUCUUAGUUGAUUUCUUUUCCGGGUAGAAUGCGAAUUUUCUUUCUGAAGGAUUUGUACGAAUGAGACCAGUUGGAGCAACAUCUUACAAUUUUCCCCUCGAUACUUAAAUUACAAUUAGUGGACACCUAUUGUAGUUUACUCAUGUUUUAUCGUCCUGUCUGAAAAAUUAAUCUAUUGUGGGUACGUU